UUGGGCCAAACAACUGUACUAAAAAUGUAACACUAAUACACUCACAAAGAAAAUGAAUAAAACGACAUCGCGACGGUUGUCGCGCUCUCUUUCGCUGUUCACCAGUGCAACAUACAAGACGUGCGUUAUUCUUUCAUCUCGACUUGCAUCCGAUCUCUCCCCACCUAGCGUACGUUUUAGUGGCGACGGGGAUCAAGGAUUUUUUUUUUCUCCGGUGAAAAAGUAGUGAUUUUGGUAAUUUUCAUCGCGUUUCGCGGUACGCGUUUUGCGUUUUUAUAACUCCAAAUCAUUUACGGCUUUGCCGAGGCAAAGAAGUUCUUUUGUGAGAGUACGGGGCGAAUUUCGCGGCAGUGUGCUUCAGUGGUGAUCGGCUCGAGUCUACCAAGCAAGCGGCCAUUUUGAAGCUUCUUCGGAGGGCGUCGGUGGAGCGAAUUCCGUACGAGAAAUCCGGCUGAUCACGGUUCCGGAGUGGACGCAGUAGGCUGUGGCUGUUGGAAUCUGGGAGGAGAAUCGUUAGCGGCAAGUAGCAGAAGCGGAGGUCGGCAAUUUUGGCAAAAUCUAUCGGCGUUGGCUGGCGUCGGCGUGGAUAGGACAAAGGCUGCCACGCGGUACGAUUCUUUUGUUUGAGCUGUUUCUUAAGUGCGGUGAAUUUGCCGAAGGUUUGUGAAGGUGCUUAUUGGCGGCGGAGGACGUUCACGUUCUGUCUGCUGAACUUCCGGGUGAAAUCCUCGGUGCUUUUCAACAAGGUCGGAGUUCUGGUAUAGGAGAGCCGGAAUUCUGGUAAAGUGCGUCGGCUUUUCUGCUGUCAGAACGACGGUGCUUCAGCCCAGGAGCAAAGGUUUGGUAACCUUGGUGGUGAGUUUUUAAGCAGACUUUUUUGAAAACUAUUAGAGCCUAAUUUGGCCAUUUUUGGUGUUUUCUUUUCUUUUAUUUUUGAUCUUUUGUUUAAAAAAGUGGUUCUAAAUAGAACAAGAUGAGCAUUGCUUCCACAAUUGAGCAGUACCGAAAGGGUUCGUCCUUCGGUGACUGGGCUGAAAGAUUAGAAUACAAUUUUAAAGCCAACAAGUAUACCGACGACUUGAUGAAAACUCACUUUAUGAAUUUAUGUGGUUCAUACUUAUACUCUGAACUGAAAACUAUUUACAAAAAAUCUGAUCUCGAUAAAGCAACCUAUACAGAAUUAGUUGAAAAACUCAAACAAAAACUGGAUAAGACUGAACCGGACCUGGUUCAGCGGUUCCGUUUCAGCAAGAGGAUUCAGCAUCCUGACGAAACCGCUGAAGAGUUUGUCCAGGCGGUCAAACUCCAGGCCGAGUUUUGCAAUUUUGGGGAGUUUCGCGAUAAUGCAAUUUUAGAUCGGGUUUUAGUGGGUUUAACUGACGAUGACUUAAAAGAGCAACUUUUGAAAGAGGAGAAAUUGACGAUUGCUAAAAUGGACAAAUAUAUUACUACAUGGAAUAUAGCUAAAUCAAAUGUACACGCAAUCAACGCACGAACACACACACCACCAGGGAACAUCAAUCAAAUUAGAAGGCCAGUUCGGGAGCGACUUGGCUUUAACCCAUACAAUAAUAGACAGAACUCGCAAUAUCGAAAUAAUUACAAUAGAACAAAUAACUACAAUAGACAGGAACAUUUUAACAAUCAGCAACGUGCACACAUUUCACCACGAGCUCACAAUUCUCAGCGUACUGUUCGAUUUCAACACAGCAACAGAAAUUUUAAUCGAAAUGCUAAUUACAACAACAAUAACAAUGGUUACAAUGGGGGAAACAAUAACUUCAGAUACAGGACGGACUAUUCCCGCAUGACGUGUGAUCACUGUGGUCAGUUGGGUCACAUCAAGCGGAAGUGCUUCAGGCUGAGGAACCAGAGAAGGGAAGCGGUAAACUUUGUUACUGAGGACAGAGCGGGACCUUCAGGUAGACAGUCAGCUGGACCUUCAGGUGGAUCGUCUGCUGAGACUGGUGCGGAGAGACAGCUGUCUAACAUGAUGGGGCGGCUGAGCACUGGUGGGAAUGUUGAUCUCGACACAUCUGAUACUGACUGUGAGGAGUGGAAUGCAGGUGUUGGCUGGAAGCGGGGAAAUCCUCGCUCAUAGAGAUCAGCUGCGACCAUACCGGGCUCGUGAGGAAGCGAGGACAAAUAUCCUAAUUCCGACGGCAUCCGGUGCAAACAUGAACCUGGAGCAACCAGCGACGCUGAGAGCGUCCGGAAGCGCAGACGAGGAUGGAGAUUUCCGUGGAUACUCGAACGCCGAGCUGGCUAGGGCCAGAAAAAGAAAAGUCGAUGCGGCUCAAUUGCCGGAAGUGUGCUUGAGACGGUCAAAACGUUUGCGUAAACCUAAACAGGAUUUCGAAUUUAAAUAUGUUUAAUUUUGUUAUUUUUUUAUGUCGUUGAAUUGCGAUUUCGGAUUUAUAUAGAGAAAUGUAUUUUGAUCAGAAUUAAAAUGAAUUGAUUUUGUUAACAUUAGAAGUGAAUUCUUUUACUUUGGAAACAGUGAAUUGUAAAAUAUUUUUAGUUUAAUCUUAGACUAUAGAAACAACUUCCGAAAGGGGAAGGAGUUGUUGCAUACGGGCCUUGGGCCAAACAACUGUACUAAAAAUGUAACACUAAUACACUCACAAAGAAAAUGAAUAAAACGACAUCGCGACGGUUGUCGCGCUCUCUUUCGCUGUUCACCAGUGCAACAUACAAGACGUGCGUUAUUCUUUCAUCUCG